CUGGCAUUCACACGGAAGGAGCCACAGGUACAACUACGAAGGCGGCUGCAUUAUUAUUAUUUUUCCCCGCUCCAUUGGCAUGCAAAUUUAUCCGGAUAUUACCAGUCGCUCGAGUUCAGCUGCCUUGAAUUGAGUUUUACAGAAUCCCGCCGAGACUACAAUAAACCAUCUACAAGAUGGAUCAAAUGCUUAGCCCCAACUUCUCGAUUCCGAGCAUCGGAACGCCGCUCCACCAGAUGGAAGCGGACCAGCAGAUUGUGGCCAAUCCAGUGUAUCAUCCUCCAGCUGUUUCGCAACCGGAUCCGGUGAUGCCGGCCCCCGGUUCUGGUUCCGUGCAACAGCAGCAACAACAACAGUCUGAUACCGGAGGAUCUGGCUUAUUCGGCCACGAACCAUCGAUCCCGCUGGCCCACAAGCAGAUGCAAAGCUACCAGCCGUCGGUAUCUUAUCAGCAGCAGCAACUUCAGAGUCAGGCGCCCGGAGGUGGAGGAAGCACACCGCAGUCUAUGAUGCAGCCGCAGACACCCCAAAGUAUGAUGGCCCACAUGAUGCCAAUGAGCGAGCGAAGUGUGGGUGGUUCGGGUGCCGGAGACGCCCUCAGCAAUAUCCACCAGACAAUGGGCCCUUCCACGCCCAUGACACCAGCCACGCCGGGAUCUGCGGAUCCUGGAAUUGUCCCACAACUGCAAAAUAUUGUGUCUACUGUGAAUCUGUGUUGUAAACUGGACCUCAAGAAAAUAGCACUGCACGCGAGGAAUGCCGAGUACAACCCUAAACGAUUUGCUGCCGUUAUUAUGCGUAUCCGAGAACCCCGAACCACUGCCCUAAUCUUCAGCUCCGGCAAAAUGGUGUGCACGGGGGCAAAGAGCGAAGACGAUUCGAGAUUGGCGGCAAGAAAAUAUGCGCGCAUUAUCCAGAAGCUCGGGUUCCCUGCAAAGUUCCUCGACUUUAAAAUUCAAAACAUGGUCGGCUCCUGCGAUGUCAAGUUUCCCAUCCGCUUGGAAGGCCUGGUGCUGACCCAUUGCAACUUCAGCAGUUACGAACCAGAGUUGUUCCCCGGCCUCAUUUAUCGUAUGGUGCGACCCCGAAUCGUGCUCCUCAUCUUCGUGUCCGGAAAGGUUGUGCUUACAGGAGCCAAAGUGCGCCAGGAGAUCUACGAUGCAUUCGAUAAAAUAUUUCCCAUAUUGAAAAAGUUCAAAAAGCAGUCAUAAAUAGGAUAGCGCUUUAUUAGUUCUGUACGUGUACGUUUUAAGGUCGGUAGUUCCGGAAGUCUGAUCGUGAGUGGGAGCAGCCUGGAGAGCGGCUCUGAUCGAGAAUAAACAACAAAAUUAUUUAGCUGUA